UGUUAUGUUUGGACAACCAUUUUACAAAAACAGAAUGGAAGAACAAGUUUUAUCAAAUCUUAAUAUUUCUUUAUAAAUAAAAUUUCAAGUUUUCAUCUCUACAUUCUUGGAAGAACUUUACAUUUGAGACACGUUCCAUGGCAGCGAUCGAAAUACAUGUGCUUCCCAGCAACUGUCUGCAGCCACUAAAAAAAGAAAACAAAAGAAAAUAAAUAGAUAAUUACAUUUUUUAAGUAAAAAAGUUUUUAAAAUGGCCCUGAAUUUUCUUGAGACAUAAAAGAAGUAUCUCGAAAUACAUAAAAUAAAUAUUAUGGUGGGGGCCGCGAAGUGAUACGCGAGCGAGUAGUCGUGUGAACGAGCAGUGCGAAAGAAAAAGCUGAAAACUGCUGCUGCUGGAGCUGGAGCUUAUAACGAAAAAAUAGAGGAAAAAGGUGAAAAAGUGGGCGGAAAAGGAAGUGAUAGUGAGGAAGACAGGUGGGAAAUAGAAAAACCGCGGUGAAGUGAGUGAAAGGGGAGCAAAGAGAAGAAAAGUGGUGAGGGCUAGAGAAGGGGGAAGAUCGAAAGAAACCGUUGGGCCUGGGACGAACGUGGGGGAAGGUGAAAGGCAUCGAGAAACAUGGAGAAGCUUCGAGAAGAAACAGAGAGCGAAGCAGGGACUGAUAAGGAAAGGAUGGAGAGAAAGAUGGAAGAGAAGACAGGUGACAGGCAGAAAAAGAGGAGAAGGCCAAGGAAAGUAAAAGAAAAAACAACGGAAAAGCAGGUGAGGAAGAGCGACGAAUGGCUGGAAAAAUAUUGGAAGGAGAGAGAAGGGGAGGAGACAAACACGGUGGAAAAAAGAGAGGGCAAAGAGAAGGAAAAUGAACAGAGGGAAACGAAGGGCGAAGGGGAGGGGGAGAAAGAAGGAUUCAGGAUAAACAACUGCCUGGAGAGAACGCCACAAGGAAAGGGGAGAGGCGAGCCGGAGGAGUCGAUAAAAAGGAGAGGGUCGGUAACAAAGGAAGCGGAGCAAAGAAGAGAGGGAGCAGAUCAUAAGGAAGAAACGGCACAGACAGACGGCGAGGACAAGUCAAAAGAGGUGAAGAACUGGGAGGAGAGGGAAUGGCCCAUGGAGAAAAAGUGGGAGAAAUGGAUCAAAAGGCAAAAGAAAAUAAAGGAAAAAAAAUGGAAAAAUGUCUUCGUGACCUUCGAAGAAAUAUUCAGAAGGGAGUUUAAUAGAGAACGGGAACACACAGAGCGACAGGACAGGGAAUUUCUGAACUGUGACUCACUGGGAAGAAAACUGGAGGAGGCCCAAGCGGAGCUAAGAAGAGAGGGAGCAGAUCAUAAGGAAGAAACGGCACAGACAGAAGGCGAGGACAAGUCAAAAGAGGUGAAGAACUGGGAGGAGAGGGAAUGGCCCAUGGAGAAAAAGUGGGAGAAAUGGAUCAAAAGGCAAAAGAAAAUAAAGGAAGGGAAAUGGAAAAAUGUCUUCGUGACCUUCGAAGAAAUAUUCAGAAGGGAGUUUAAUAGAGAACGGGAACACAAAGAGCGACAGGACAGGGAAUUUCUGAACUGUGACUCACUGGGAAGAAAACUGGAGGAGGCCCAAGCGAAGCUAAGAAGAGAGGGAGCAGAUCAUAAGGAAGAAACGGCACAGACAGAAGGCGAGGACAAGUCAAAAGAGGUGAAGAACUGGGAGGAGAGGGAAUGGCGCAUGGAGAAAAAGUUGGAGAAAUGGAUCAAAAGGCAAAAGAAAAUAAAGGAAGAGAAAUGGAAAAAUGUCUUCAUGACCUUCGAAACAUGGAGAAACAUGGAGAAGCUUCGAGAAGAAACAGAGAGCGAAGCAGGGACUGGUAAGGAAAGGAUGGAGAGAAAGAUGGAAGAGAAGACAGGUGACAGGCAGAAAAAGAGGGGAAGGCCAAGGAAAGUAAAAGAAAAAACAACGGAAAAGCAGGUGGGGAAGAGCGACGAAUGGCUGGAAAAAUAUUGGAAGGAGAGAGAAGGGGAGGAGACAAACACGGUGGAAAAAAGAGAGGGCAAAGAGAAGGAAAAUGAACAGAGGGAAACGAAGGGCGAAGGGGAGGGGGAGAAAGAAGAGUUCAGGAUAAACAACUGCCUGGAGAGAACGCCACAAGGAAAGGGGAGAGGCGAGCCGGAGGAGUCGAUAAAAAGGAGAGGGUCGGUAACAAAGGAAGCGGAGAAAAGAAGAGAGGGAGCAGAUCAUAAGGAAGAAACGGCACAGACAGAAGGCGAGGACAAGUCAAAAGAGGUGAAGAACUGGGAGGAGAGGAAAUGGCGCAUGGAGAAAAAGUUGGAGAAAUGGAUCAAAAGGCAAAAGAAAAUAAAGGAAGAGAAAUUGAAAAAUGUCUUCGUGACCUUCGAAGAAAUAUUCAGAAGGGAGUUUAAUAGAGAACGGGAACGCACAGAGCGACAGGACAGGGAAUGUCUGAACUGUGACUCACUGGGAAGAAAACUGGAGGAGGCCCAAGCGGAGCUAAGAAAGAGGGAGAGACAGGUAAACUUCUGGAAAAAUGAGGUGCGGGUAUGGCAGAAAAGACUGGCACAGAUGAGGAGGAAAAAAUUAGAACAGAGAGUCGAAAGAGAGGAGGGAGGCAACGGGAGUAACGAAAGCGAGGAGUGGAAACUGGAUAGCCCACAAGAACCCGACCUCAAUGAAGAAUCCCCAAGCAAACUGGAACCGGAAGGGCGGGAUGAGGAGAGAAACGAGAGGCGGGAAAGGCGCAAAUUGAUUAAAAUAGCAAAACAACAAAUAGAAAUAAAGUCGAAGGAAGAACCAAUGGAGGACUGGUUCCUAACAAAACUGUAAGAAAAGGUGAGAGUCGACAAGAUAGAAAGAAUAGAGGGGAUAGAGAGAAAGAACGGGUGGAGAAUCAAGCUAGAAGAAAUGGAGAGAAAGAUAAGGAUCCUGAAGAGGAAGAGAGAACUGAAAGGCCUCCGGUCGUCGGUCUGGAUAUUUGACGACAUGACAGAGAGGCAGAAGAUCAUGCAGGCAUGGAUAGAGAAGCAAUCGGUCAAAUGGGAAAAAGCCGGAAAAUCUACAAAGAUAGGCUUUCAAAAAUUAAACGUGGAAGGGGACUGGCUAACUUGGGACGAGGAGCAAUAUGGAAUGAGGCUAUGGAAAAGUGGUAGCGAGAGAAGAGAUUUCGUGAAGGAGACACGAGAAGAGGAUCCGCAUGAAUUGGGAAUUUAUCAAUGGAACACACAAGAGAUAAAGAAUGUGGGGAGGAACGAGGAGAUAUGGGAAAAAGCGGACGUAGUAGUGCUGCAGGAAACACAUCUAGAGGAGAAACAAAUGAGGAAAACAAUGGAAAAUUUAGACAAUAACUUUAUAUGGCACGGAAAGGCGGCAAAGAAAAAACAUCGGAGAGGAAGAGCGGCUGGUGGACAGAUAGUAGGGAUCAAGAGGAGGUGCGGUGGAGGGGCGAAAAAACGCAGAAUGGAAACAUGGGACAAUGGAGAAUAUAGGAAAAAGAGAAAGGAGUUGUUCAAGAAAUUCAAAACUUUUAAUAAAGACAGGGACUGGCACAACAGGAGAGCAUACAUACCCUGUAAAAGAGAGCUGAACACACUAAGAGAGAACCUGAUAAGGAAGUGGAGGAGAAAACGGCGGAAAUCUCGCAAGAAGACAAAAUAGGGAAUAGACAACCGGGAGUUGGAGGGACAGAAACAGAGUCGGAAGAGGUAGAAAUGGAGUGGGGUGAUAUAGACGCACCGAUACAAGAAUUAGAAAUACAGACAGCGAUCAGGAACCGCGUAUAGGACCGAAACAUGGUACGGUACGAUGGUGUAAUAGAAACCAUCCUACCCUAACGAAUUAGAGGAUAACAAUAUUAUUAUUAUUAUGAGUAUUAUUAUUAUUACUAUUAUAAUUUAAAAAAAAAAGAGUUUAUAUAGUGUAAGAACGGAGUAAGAAAGGAGGAGGUGUAAAACUAAAAUGUAACACCAAGGAAAAAUAAAUAUAUUAUAUUAUAUAAA